AAUCUACUAUUAAAUGGGAAGAAGAUAAACAUUCUUUUUUUUACAAUAUAAUAAAAGAAGGUAUUUAUCCCAAAAAACUUAUAUUAAGUAUGACACUAGCACCUGCUUCAUAUCCAAUUCCACAUAAUUAUAUUGUUCAAACAACUUGGGGACGAGGACCAAAUAAACAUACAGUUCAAUGUUCAAUAAAUUAUAUUGAUGAUAAGCCUGUAUAUCAAGUUGCAUUUGGAAAUGAUUUUUGCAAUCAAGUUAUUUCAUAUAAAUCUUCUUCAAACGCUGCUGCUUUAUAUCAUCAA